GAACCGCCACUGCAUGGAAAUUAAAGGCAUCAAUUUUCGUUUGAAGAGACAAAAUUUCAUGGGUUCGAAUCCAUUGAUUCAAGCUGUCCGACGGGGCAUCUUUAUCACUGAGGAAUAUCUUGCUAAGACACAGGCUGUCGAAAAGCUUAAAAUAGCAGAAUGUGAUGACUUUGGCCGAAAUAUAUUUCAUCUUAGUGUUUUAAGAGAAAAUAUUCUGGAAUUUCUAUUACAAAAGUUUGAGAAGCAUGAACAGCUCAUGGAAGCUCUCCACAGUGAAGAUUUAAAUGGUCACACGCCAGCUCAUGUGGCGGUGCUGCACAAUCAAAGAAAGAGCAUACAAAUCCUGGCUAGUGUAGAUGAAAAUAUUUACACGCUUCGUAACUCAAAGACAGGACAGACACUCAUCCACUGCGCAAUUUACCAGAAAUUGUUUCACUACGAAAGGGACUUUCUGGUUCCUUGUAUCGUGCAGGAUAUCCUUUCAGCUCGACCAGUGUCCCUGAUUGAUAAAGACUACGAAGGGAAAACACCUCAACAUUACGCCGCUGCUCUUCACGAGUGCUUUGUCUUGGAUUUCCUUCUCACACGAGGUGCAAACAUCCUGGAGACUGACAACAGAAAUUUAACUCUGCUCCAUGAAGCUGUUGAGGCUGGGUCAUUACCCAAUGUUACACUGCUGGCCCUAGAUGAAGUUACAAUGUUGAGUGCAAGGGACGUGGAAGGAAGAACACCUUUACAUAUUGCCUGUGGCAAAGGUUUUCGAGAUAUACUGUUGUUUCUGCUAGAAAUUGGUGCUGAUCCACAAGAAAAAACGAAAGUUGGUGAGAACUGUUUGGAAGUGGCUAUCAAUAAUGAUCAAAGUGAUAUUGUUAAAGAAUUAUUGCUUAGCAAAAAUUGGAAAGCUCUAAUUUGUGAUUGUAAGAAUGGGCCAAAGAAAUGUUUUGUGCACCUUGUUAAGAAAAUGCCCGAUCAAGCCAAGCUUUUGCUAGAUCGUUGUAUUAUGUCAAGUAAUCACAAGCGACAUUCACCUGACUACAAUGUCACUUACGAUUUCUUUCUUCUUGAUACUACAGAUACCACUAGACCUAUUUUUGAAGGUAUUGAAGUGAUUAUCAAGAACAAUGAAGAGCAAUGUCUGAACCACAAGAUUUGCAAGAAAUAUUUUAACCUUAAAUGGCGAGAAAAAGGAUGCUAUCUUUUCAUAAUCGAUUUGAUCGUGUUUUUGUGCUUUCACAUAUGGCUCAAUAUUUAUGUCUUUUUGGUCCGUGGCGCUAUUGCUGAAAACGGGUUGCCUGAGUACGAGAAAUCCAAAAAUUCUACUGCACAAUCGCCAACAUAUGUUGCUCCUUUAGCAAACCCUGAAGAUACUGGACCUGUUAUUGCCGCUUCCUUUAUUAUGAUUCUCACGUCGUUCAACAUUUUUAGAGAAUUUGUGCAGAUGAACACUGAUCGUUGGGAAUAUUUUAAGCAACUGUCAAACUACUUUGAAUGGAUUUCGUUUUUGUGCGUUAUCUAUUUCAUGUUCCCAAUAAAAACAACCAAAACCGAAAGUCAAUUUAUCGCAGCAGUGAUUGCAAUCUGGAUCUCUUGGUUUGAUCUUAUUUGGUUCCUAAGAAGAAUUCCUGACUCAAGCACGUAUAUCUUAACGUUGUUCAAGACUACAAACACUAUAAUAAAGAGCAAUUUCACAACGGCUUAA